AUGAGAGUUUUCUACAAGAGUCUGUUGUUUUUACUGGUUCAGACGAAGACAGAAAUAGAAGUGAAUGUAGCAGCAUGGGGAAAAGCCGAUCAGUCGACAACAUAUGAAAACUGUGAUGCUCAAAGAGCACUGGAUGGGAUAAACUACACUUUUACUCAUACAGAAGAAAAGAGUAACCCGUGGUGGAAGCUGGACCUGACGAAGACGUACAGUGUGAACAGAGUGACCAUCACUAACAGACUCGACUGCUGUAGUUACAGGAUAGAUGGGGCAGAGAUUCGGGUUGGAAACGAAUCUUCAGAUCUUAACAGGAACCCAAUAUGUGCUGUAGUUUCUACUAUUCCAGCAGGAGCUACCUACAGCUACUCUUGUGGUGGGAUGAAGGGACGUUACGUUAUUGUGGAUAUUCCUGGAACUUCAAAGAUUCUUACUCUCUGUGAAGUGGGAGUCUAUGCAAUUGGUGCGGUUGGUGCAUUGAAGAACUAA